UGAGUAUUAAAUUAAAAUAAUCAAAAUAUGUUUAUUGGAAUUAAAAAAUAGUUUUCUAUGGCUUGUGAUGUUUCGUGAUGUGUUUAUUUUAACAACUUAUCAACAAAUAAUAUAUAUGCUGUGUAAGAUGUAAUCAAAUUUUCUUAAAGUCCACGUCGAGACAUGGGUUCCCGAUUAAGAGAUACUGUUCGGUUCCUGUUUGAACUCUUUUGUGAAGUGUCACCGGGUGAUCAACUCAGGGAGCCCUAUAUUAUAAGAAAAUAUCCAGAGUCGUACAAAAACGAAGAGGAGUUAAAAAAUGUUCCUAAAUUUACAUUCCCGUGUCAAUUUGAAGAACCAUUUGUACAAGUUUAUUCAUUUGUAUUAACAUCAAUGGAUUCCAAGUAUACCUUUUGUUUUUGCCGAUACGAUCCAAAGUCCAAAGCAGCAUUGGUUCUAUUAUCACAUUUACCAUGGCACGAUAUAUUUUAUAAGUUGUUGAAUUGUAUAGCUAAUUUACUGAACAGUCCCGAACGAGGGGAAUUAACAUAUUUUUUAGAAUCAUGCCGCUCGAGACCACCUAUGCCUGGGCAUACACUGAAGGUGACCUACAAUGCUGGUCACAGUGUAUUCACAUGCCAAAGUCCAGACCCAAAGCUGCCCAGCAUUCCAGACAACCAUAACCUAACGGAGUAUUUCAGCGCACUUGAACCAAAAAGCAUGAUUGGUUUGUGGGCUGCUUUGUUGAAUGAACGUCGAGUGGCCAUUGUAGCAUCCAAACCGUCCCGGUUAUCCGCCUGCGUGCAGGCAGCCAACGCUACACUGUUUCCCAUGUCGUGGCAACACAUAUUCAUUCCAAUACUACCGAAGCAUCUUGUUGACUAUUUGUUAGCACCAAUGCCUUUUCUUAUUGGAGUUCCUAAAUGUGUUAUGGAGUCUGUGAGAAUGUCUGAAAUUGGAGAUGUUGUUAUAUUAGAUGUAGAUAUGAAUGAGCUUAGAACUCCCUUCCAUGAUGUAGAAAGUCUUCCUCCAGAAUUGGUAUCGAGCUUAAAAAAAGCUUUAAGUGACAAAAAUGCUCUCGGCGACGCAGUUUCAAGAGCUUUCUUGCGGGCGCUCGUAUGUCUUAUAGGUGGAUAUCGUGAUGCUAUAAAAAUUGAAAAUGGGCAGUUAAUAACAUUCAACGCAGAGGCUUUUGUGAGAACUAGAAAAAAUAUGCAACACUUUCUUAGAAAAAUACUCCAAUCCCAAAUAUUUCAACAGUUUAUAGACGAAAGGCUGGACCUACUAAAUUCAGGGCGAGGUUUCAGCGACGAGUUUGAGAUUGAAUGCAGUUACUACGCUGAUAAAUUAAAUACAGGCAGCGGGCAGAGACUGAAGCAACAGUACCGGGACUGGGCCAAGACUGUCAAAAAAGAAGGCGGGGCCUUCUUAAAAACCGUCAAGGAUAAGGCCAAUCCAGCAGUACAAUCGGCUGUGAAAACGGUCCGCCAGGGUGGUAAAAAUAUGAAGUCGGCAGUCAAAGGGUUAAAAAAUAAAAUGCCUAAAACUGGAUCGCGGCCGUCCUCGAUCAACACUAUGGAUGAUAGCAGGUUUUCGUGUGGCUCAGCGACGCCGGUGUCUUCAGAUUCCUCUGACUCGUCACCGUCACACGAGCCCCCGCCUCGUGAUCCACCACCCACCAUCCCACUCGACCUCCUCACAGAAAUGGAGUUUCUAUUGUCAAGCAGCAAUGUACAACGACGGGAUAGUUUCCCCAACAGCUCGCGCGACUUGGACAUAAGCAUGCCAGAGAAGGCGAGAACACUGUCACCAUGCCCCCCACCCCGGUUACCGGAACGUCCUCACCCCCCCCUUCGGUACCCAAUCGUUUCCACGAGGAAACUUGUCGAUUUGUCGGACGCGCCGGCGCCUCCACCGCGAGCAAUCCCGCCGCCAAUUCAAAGAUCCAACUUUGUAAGAAACAUUACAAAAAACGCCGUCCAACCGGAUACGGACUUUCACACGAGCGCUAUACGGUUCACGGAAGGGAAAGACAAGGCUAAACUUAAACUGACCAUGUCGUCCAACCAGAGAAAGGCACCGCAAAUUAACACGUUGCCGUGCAAUGGAAACGCGUCCUCUGUGAACAGUAGGCAGAGUCACGAUAAUAAGUUAGCAACCGUCGCCCCCAAAUGGAAUGCUCAAGAGUCGUGUGGCUCUAUAAGUGAUCUCAUAAAGUUGGACGAUUCGCCAACGUGUUUAGAAGAUUUCGAUCCCCUCAAGUGUCGCGAUAGGAAUGAUCCAAUCAAGUCCAAGUCAUCCACGGACAGUGCCCUGUUACACGAGUACGGAUUGGAUUUCAGCCAGUUCGGACUGGAGCCAGCCGGCUCUAGUACCAGUGCCAACGACAAUACAACCCUACCCAAGGGAUGGACUACAUUCAAUUAACACUCCGUUCUUUUUGCGCUCUCUUGUUCAUUGUAUGAAAGUUAUAUGUAUAGUUCGCGCAAUAUAUAUUCUAUGCAGGGUCAGUCGGAUAGGGUAUACUAAGUCGCAAUUAUGGACGUACACAU